AGGCCGGCUGGUGGGCGGGACUACGGAAGCCGGAAGAGGCCGCUUUUCGGCCGUUUUCUUUCUUUCCUUUCACCGCCCCUCCAAAAGGGGAUCACUCUUCUCUCCAUUGAGUUGCAUUGGAACCUGGUUUUUCCAUGGGUCCUUAGCAGUGGUCAGUUGUCCGAGUGGAUGGGCGGUGGGCCAUGCGGCUGACCCUCCGGAGGCUCCUGGUGGUCAUUGUCCUGGUCGGGGCUGUGACCCUCUCCGCUCACUGGCUGUUAGGAUGCCGACCCCUUGUCCGGCUAGUUGUCCGGAGGCCGGAAUACGGGCGGGAGGCCCCCUUGUUGUUCAUCGGUGGAGUCCCUCGCAGCGGAGCCUUGACCCUAUCAGCCCUGCUGGACCUGCCUUGCCGGCCGGAGACCCACGUUAUCCCCCGUGUGCUGGCCAUGCGCCAGGCCUGGGCCAAGUCUGGCCGUGAGAAGCUGCGCCUGGACCAGGCUGGAGUGACUGCCGAGGUGCUGGAUGCCGCCCUGGCCGCCUUCGUCCUCCAGGUCCUGGCUCAGCAGGAAGACCAAGAGCAAGGCGAUGAUCAAGAGGUCGUCCACGUACAGCAGGAUGGUGUCCGCACGCAGCAGGAGGGCGUUCACAUACAGAAGCACCAGCUCCUCUGCAACCAGGACCCCUUUGCACUGAGAUCGGCCGCCUACCUUGCUAGGAUAUUCCCCAACUCCAGGUUCAUCCUGAUGCUGCGUGAUGGUCGGGCAGUGGUGCGCUCGCUGAUGGCUGGGCAGGUGAGGCUGGCAGGGUUCGACCUGCGCAGCACCCGGGACUGCCUGUCUCAGUGGAGCAAAGCCGUGGAGGCGAUGCUGGGCCAGUGCCUUCAGGUGGGGCCCCGCCGCUGCCUCCCCCUCCGCUACGAGCACCUCCUCCAGCAUCCUCGCGCUGCCCUCCACCAGGUCGCCACUUUCCUUGGGGUCGCCACCAGCCCCACUUCCUCCCCCCUCCGGCAACAGCAACAGGCCAUCCUUGCCAAGGCGGAGCCUUUGACAGACAAUUGGGCGGAUGUCCUCCCUGGAGACGUAGUGCGCGACCUGGAGCUCAUUGCCCCCAUGCUGCGGCGCCUGGGAUAUGACAAGGAGCCUCAAAAAAAUACGACCGCUUUUUUCCAAUAAUUUCCAGAGGGAAAAAGAGAAAGCGAAGCAAGAAAAACGUUUGCAAAGAAUCCUAUAUUUUUUGCAAAUCUAUUUAAUCCAAGCAUAUUGCUUGUUCUCUGUGGUGUUUAUUUUGCCAAAUAUUAUUUGUUGUAUAUUAUUUGGUUUGUUAUUUUUAUUAUUUUUUAUUCUUAUUUGGGUUUUUUAAAAAUUAUUUUUAAUUAUUUAUUAUUAUUUUUGUUGUCAAAAAUGAUCCUCCAAAAAUAAGGAAUUUUCUUCCUCUUCAAAAUUUAAAAAUAAAAUAAAAUAAAUAAUUUUAUUAAAUUCAUAAUAAGGUAAAUUAAUAAGAGUUUAAUAAAAAUGAACAUUUUUAAUGAAAAUAAAAAUUAAAUUAAAGAAAAAAUAAUUUUAUUAAAUGAAUAAUAAUAGUUUAAUAAACAUAAAGAUUAUGAAC